AUGGCAUCAUCCACAGAAGCAAGAGAAUUAGAACUUGUAGGCAAAGUCGAAAUGCGUAUUGCGCUGGCGAAAGAUGAUAAACUUGAAGCGAUGCUGAAAACUUAUUUGGCGCCGCUGUUGUUGAAAUUGGGGAGUGAGCAUUUGGCGGUUAGGAAUAAGGUGUGUGCAUUUGGAUUCUUUUUAUGCGUGGGUAUUGUCUUGCCAGUCGCAGCUCUUUUAAAGCAAUAUAAAGAACAUCCACAGUCAUCAAUGUUACGGCAUUUUGAUCUUAUGUUCAUUCAACAAAGUGUGGGCAAAUUGUCUUCUAAGGAACAAAUGGACUUAAUACCUACACUAAUACAUGGUUUGGCUCAAGAUUCUGAAAAGCCAACUUGUGCUACCAUAUUUAAUUUGUUUCUUCGUCUGUUACCGCAACUGAAAGUACCUUCUCGCGGUAGUAAAGAAGAUACAGAAUUGAGACACCAGCUAGGUCUUGAUGAACAUCAAGAAGACUCAAAGUUUAUAGCAUCGUGGUUUGGGAAACUUGUACUACUCUCAAUUGUACGAGGAGCAUCACCUGGAGUGACGAGUCCAGGACUUACGGUUAAAGAGUACGAAUUUUUGACGCUCAAUGGAAAACAAGAAGCAUGGGAUCCAAGCUCAGAUGAAGGUUUGAAUCUUACACAAACAAAAAUCACAGUUCUAAAUUUCCUCGCCUCUAGUGCUUUCACAGAUGAAGAGCGCUUCUUACCUGCGUUGUUUGCAUCUGCCAACACCAACUCUCGGAUUUCGAGCAUUGGUGACGACCUAGUGAAGCGUUCAAGCGUUUCAUUGGAAGAUACUGAAAUGGUACGCGAUUUGCUAGGCAUCUAUUUCCUUCUCGGACCGGCAUUAAAGACGAGGGUGCUUGUACUCUUAACAAAAUCCGCUAUUUCAACUACUUUUCCUAUUGAUAUUGUCAGAAUUGUGCAAGAUGGAAUUCAACCUCAUGACAACACAAACCUCCCUGCGCCAGGUUUAGAGACUAUUAAAUUUCGAAAUGCAUUGUUCAACUACAUGAAUUGGGUAUCUCGCAUGGGAUCAGUUCAUGAUCUAAGUCAGGUUGCACCACAGCUUGUUGGAUUUUUGAGAACUUAUAUAGAGGAUCAAGGCUGGCCUGUGCCUCACGAGAGAUCCUCUGAUGCAGCUUCAUUACGCGCUUUAGCAUAUGAAACUCUCGGUUCACUUGCUAAGACUACGCCUUCAAUCGUUGUUGAGGAGAAUCUUUCUCUGAUCCGUUGGCUAUUUCGUUCACUCACUGAAGAAGGAUCAUCCGAUGAUAUCUUUGUGAGCAUAGAAGGAGCACUAGCGAGUUUGUUGAGUGCGUUCAAAUCACCUUUAUCUUCGAAUCUCCGAGAUGAACUCAGGUUGUUGCUUCUCAAGUACAUGACGCUCAAGGAAGAGGGCGAGAUUGUCAGAAGUGCUCGUUUUGCGACUGUUCGUUGGGCAAAUCGAUGCUUGGAGUAUAGUGAUAUUGUGGCUCGUUGGAUAGGUAUUCUUGCUCUUAGUGCACGCACAGAUGAGCGCAGCGAUGUUGUUGAGGAAGGUGCAAAGGGUUUGGACCCAUACUGGUAUCGACUUCUUAAUUCUACCGGCGCCUCAGUCGAAUGUCCGCUUCCUGAAUGGAGCGAGAUGAUUAAAGUCUUUUUUGGUACCCAGGCCUUGGUUGAGAAUUCCAAUAUCGCUAAUGCCAUGAAGACUGGUAUGGAAGUUGACAGCGUGUCCGUGUUUGGCAACUUCUCUGGGACAAGGAUAAAUGCUUUUCCAGCAGCCAUAAACUAUAGUAGGAGAAUAUUAUUGCUGCGUGCUUUGGAGAAGACCGAUACACCUCUUGGAAUCGAUGCAGACUGGGAGCGUCAAUUAGACGUGCUUUUUCGCUCCGACAAAGGUUCAAGAAAAGCCAUGAAAGACCACAUUAUGACUGUCGAUCAGGAUGUAUUACACACAUAUCUGUCGGCAGCUUUUGAGGGUAUGCUACGCAAUGAUGGAAACGGACUAGGAGAAUGUGGCAAAUGUUUCGUAGAAAUCGCUUCAAUCGCGCCAAGUAGUGUUAUAGGUCGACUGGCAGAUAGGGCUGUUGAGCUCUUACCGUCUAUUAGAUCUAACAAUGUUGCAACUCGAUUCCUAGCAGCUCAGGCAAUUGGUAUUCUUGCACCUCAUCCAGAUAGAGAUGAAGAAUCUCUCAAGAAGCUUAUUGAGACAUUCAUGACGGACGUGGAGCCUUGGUCAACGGCUGUAGGUGCUGAUGCUAAUAAAGUACACGGAUCGAUUCUUGCACUCGGCUAUGUGUUGAGUAGGGCAUCUUAUUACGGUCGUGGUAACUUUAUUGAAGGAGAUAUUGUUAGAGGAGUCCUCGCACAAUUUCUUUCAAUAAUCGAAGGUGUCAGGGAUGUAUCAACAAGAGAAGCCGUGCUGAACGCCAUUGGUCAGACGAGCGCAUCUGGAGUUUUGACAACUGAUAUUAUAGAAAAUUCAUCACUCAAGGUCGAUGGGCUUAUUAAACUUCUGCUUGCUGAAGCUAAAAAGAGGAAUGAAAAGGCAAUGUCUACUCUAGGUAGACUUUCCAUCAUAUUUGAUGAACCCGCAACUUCUGUAGAAGAUGGUCCACUUCAUACUAUUAUCAACGGUCUUUAUGACUUGUAUGAGCUGAAGCAACCUGAAAUUCACUUCACUAUUGGUGAAGCUCUUAGUUGCGUCGGUGCUCGUUGGGAAUCAGAUGUCUUACAGAUCAGCCUGGACGUUGAUGCUAAAUAUGAUGGACGCCCUAAGCGAUCGCAUACUUUCGAAAAGAUCCUUGAAAAGCUUUUACAGGACUGCAAGACCACAAAGCCAUCGCUUAAAAAAGCAUCCGGUAUAUGGCUCUUCUGCUUGAUUCAAUACAGUGGGCAUUUGGAGCAAAUACAAGCCAGACUACGAGAGUGUCAAGCUGCGUUUAUGGGUUUGCUCUCAGCACGAGAAGAAAUCGUACAAGAGACUGCUUCUCGAGGUUUGAGUCUUGUUUAUGAACAAGGUGAUAAAGAACUUAGAGAGAGACUUGUCAAAGAUCUUGUGGCAAGCUUUACGGGCACAAGCACCCAGAUUAAAGUCCAUGAAGAAACCGAACUAUUUGAACCUGGUGCACUUCCUACUGGGGAGGGUAAAUCUAUCACCUCUUAUAAGGAUAUUGUAAGCCUCGCCAAUGAGGUUGGCGAUCAAAGUUUAGUCUAUAAAUUCAUGUCGCUCGCUACAAAUGCUGCUACCUGGUCUACCCGAGCAGCAUUCGGUCGAUUUGGUUUAAGCAACAUUCUCUCCGAGUCUGAAAUCGAUCCUAAGCUAUACCCAAAAUUGUAUCGAUACCGAUUCGAUCCAAACCCCAACGUCCAACGAUCCAUGAAUGAUAUCUGGAGUGCACUCGUCAAAGAUUCAAAUGCAACUGUCAAUGAACAUUUCGAUGAAAUUCUUACAGAUUUAUUAAAGAGCAUUCUAGGAAAGGAAUGGCGAACGAGAGAGGCGAGUUGUGCUGCUAUUGCUGAUCUUGUUCAAGGUAGAGAUUUUGAGAAGUAUGAGAAAUAUCUAAAUGACAUUUGGCAUGUGGCUUUUAAGGUUCUAGAUGAUAUUAAGGGGUCGGUGAGAAAGGCAGCGUUGUCGCUUAGUAUGGCUCUUACCGGUAUACUUGUUCGACAAGUAGAGGCAGGUACAUCUUCAAAGCAUGCACAAGCAAUGUUAAAAGAUGUCUUACCAUUCUUACUUUCAGAUCAAGGUUUAGAGAGCUCCGCUGAGGAAGUCCGAACUUUCGCGACCAUUACCGUACUUAAACUUAUCAAGAGUGGCGGCAAAGCACUUCUCCCAUUCGUACCUAAUCUUGUCGAGAGACUAUUGGGCCUUUUGAGUACCAUGGAAAUGGAAGGUAUUGACUACAUAUACCUACGUGCUGCGCAUUACAAUCUCACGGAAGAGAAAAUUGACAGUGCCCGCACGAAUGCUGUUACUCAAUCUCCUCUCAUGGAAGCUAUAGAACGUUGUCUUGACAUAAUCGACGAACCUACGAUGAAGGAAUUUGUUCCUCACCUCGAAAAUGUUAUUAAGACCACAGUCGGUAUGCCCUCCAAAGUCGGCUGCGGUGGUGUCCUUGUUAGUCUCGCAACUCGCCAUAGUGUCACUUUCCGUCCUCAUGCCGAUCACUUCCUGAAAAUUCUUGAAAAGUCUGUCCUUGAUCGUAAUAAUGCUGUUAGCGCAUCUUAUGCUCGUGCAGCUGGAUAUGUCUCUCGAUUGGCUUCUGAUAAAGCACUUCUCAGACUUCUCACUUAUUCACAAGAUCUCUACUUUAAUGCAGAAGAUGAAACUCGUCGUCAAGUGUCAUCUGAUUUGAUUUAUGCUGUGUCCAAAUUUGCGACUGAUCACUUCAACUCGUUAGCAUCAGAUUUCCUUCCCUUUGUAUUCUUCGCUAAACACGAUUUUGAUGAUGCCACUAAGAAGCAAUUCGAGAAAACUUGGGAUGAAAACGUUGGAGGAAGCAGAGCAGUCUUGUUAUACACAAGAGAAAUCAACGAGCUAGUACUCAAACAUAUUGAGUCACCCAAAUGGACCAUCAAGCACACGGCAGCUUUAACCAUUGCUGACGUUGUCAAAUCCACAACUUCCACCACAACCCCAAUGAUUCCUGCAGAAACUUCUGCGCUCAUUUGGCCUCCUCUAGAAAAAGCUCUCGCGCUUAAAACUUUUGCAGGCAAGGAAAUCGUGCUGGAGAGUUUUACAAAAUUCGUAAAGGCUUCUACAGCAUUUCUAGAUGUAGACUCUAGUAUUGCAGCUCAAACUAAGAAGAUUGCUAUCAGAGAAGCUAAACGCAACAAUGAUAUCUAUCGGCCAUUUGCCUUUACAGAAUUAGGAAAAUAUGCAGAAGCCAGAACUGAUGUGGAUAUGUGGGAUGAGAUCCACAACAUCGUUACACCUAUAUUGGAAGAAUUGAGUAGUGAAGAUCAUAUGGAUACAUCUACUUCGACUUCUGACUCUAAGAAGAAAGAUGGAGCAAGCAAAGGAGGCGAAUCUACUGAAUCGGCAACGAUAACUGCAGGUAUUGAAGCUCUCUUCCGAGGAAUCAAUAUCAAACUUCUCGAUCCAUCACCUCUUACUCAUCUCCCAAAACUUCUUGAAAGUAUAACUCCUGUUCUCAAAUCACCUCUCAUGACAAUUAGUACGCGUUCAACACUUUACGAACGUGUUAAAGUGUUAUUUGAUGGGUUACGAAAGAGCACGCAUGCGCAGAAGGAAAAGGAAAAGGAAAAGGAAAAUAAUUCUAAAAUAUGUGCAGAAUUUUUCGAGAUAUUAGAAUUGGGUAGUGGAGCUGGUAGUGAAGGGAUUAGGAUUAAGAGGGGAGAAGCUGCGGAAAUGAUUGUGGAAGCGUGGAAGGCUGGGGUUUUUGGUGUGUGGAAGGGGGGGAAGGAGGAAGUGGGGGUUAGUAUGGUGAAGAGGCUGGAUGAGGCGUUGGAGGGGGAAAGAAAUGAAAGUGUGAAGGUUGUUUUGAGGAGACUGAGGAAGUUGUUUGAGGAGUAG